AACGAUGGGGAUGAGCCUGACCCAGCCUUGGCUCUGGAAGACAUCUUCCAUUGGAUGGCACCCCACAUGGAGAAUUCCCUGGAGGGCAUCCCUGACUGCCCUGGGCAUCCUGGCGCCGGGCUGCUCCUGGGCUCCUCUGCAGGAGAAAGAUGGCAGGACUUCUUGUCCCUGCCAGAGCCACUGCCAGUGGUGCCCCUGGCCAGCAACAGUGUGGACUCCGCUGGGCCCUACAGGGUGAACCUCAGCCGGGCCAUCAGCCAAGAUGUGAGCCUCGGAGAGGCCGUGCUAUGGGGUACUGAGGCCCCCGGGAGGGCCCCAGGAGCCUGGUCACCGCCUGAGCCCGAGGGGGCCGAGGCCAGGGCCCCGGACCUGCUCUUCGACCUGGACGAGAUCAGCCUCCUGUCGCUGGCCCUGGAGGAGGGCUUCGAGCCCAUCGCGGUGCCCCAGCUCUUUGAGGAGGCGGAUUCCGAUUCAGGCCUCUCCCUGGACUCGAGCCGCAGCAGCGCAUCAGGGGCCAGCAGAGGCUGCUCGGCUUCCCCAGAGGAGGACGAGGGGGCGGGGCCGCGGGGGGCCGCGGGGGGCCACGUGCUCCACGUGCUCCACAAUCACACCUACUACCUCCCGACGAGGCCCCACGGAGCCGAGGCUCGGCAUCCGGCUCACUGUUCGGGCCUCCCUUUCUCCCCGGAGGAGAUCACCAGCAUGCCAGUGGAGUCCUUCAACAGCGUGCUGGCGGGCAGCCGCCUGAGCGCAGAGGAAGCAGCGCUGCUCAGAGACGUGCGCCGCAGGGGCAAAAACAAGGUGGCUGCCCAGAACUGCCGCCAGCGCAAGCUGGAGGUGCUCCUGAGCCUGGAGCGCGACGUGGGCGCCCUGCGGGCUCAGAGGGAUGGCCUGAGGCGGGAGGCUGCGCACUGCCACAAGGCCCUGGGCCUGCUGCGCCGCCAGCUCCACUCGUUGGCCCGGGACAUCUUCGGCCGGCUGCGGGAUGAGCAGGGGCGGCCGGUGGACCCCGACCUGUACGCCCUGCGCUGCAGCCGCGACGGCAGCGUCCUGGUCGUACCCAAAGAGCUGACCGCCUCCGGCCUCCGCAGAGAGAACCCUAAAGAGAAGGGGGGCAAGCAGUGGCCACCCGGCUGCCGGUGGAAUGGACCCAACUCCCUCGAGGCUCGCUACGGGGCCACCAUCUUGGUUUUCAGUGCGUAUCCGCAGGGGCUCUCAAAGGAGGAUUCCCGA